AGUAAAGUAGGUCCCAAUAUGCAUGUCCUCGACAGACAUGCCCAUGGCGGCCAUGGGUAUUUGGCCAAUGAGAAAGGAAAAAUGUCCAACAAGUUUCGGCCAAUUUACACAUGAAACAAUUCUCUCUCUCUCUCUCUCUCUCUCUCAAAUAACUUAGUUGUCAAGAAGCCCUAUUUGGUCCAUCAGUAGAGCAUUCAGAAAAAUUUUAUUCAGAAAAAGGCCUCCCAAAAAUCACUCCUUAAACAUUCUCACAACCCAGUCACCACAACAUCAGAAAACAUAGCAUCUCUCUCUCUCUCUCUCUCUCUAAAAUGGUAAAACACAACACCAUGACUUCACCAUCAUCGCCAACAGCAACAACCUUCAUGCAAGCAGACACACACACCUUCAGAGACCUAGUCCAGAGGAUGACCGGCUCGUCCGCUAACUCGGAGAAGCUCACCGUCAACCCCCCUUCAAAACUCUUCCCUAAAGCCUUCACUCCUAGUGAGCACACUGGUCCCCGCCGGUCACCCUUCAAGCUCCAUGAGCGAAGGCACACCCACACCAUGAGAAAGCUCGAAAUCAAGCUGGGCCUCACCACUCUCGGCAACAACUCGCCUCGCCAAACUCAACGAGUUGACUCACCCGUUCAGAGCCCUAUAACGCCACUCCGGUCCGAGCAACCAUUUCUACCAAGUUCCUGGGCUGAGUUGCCCUCAUCACCGAUGUUGUCGGACGAGGAGAAGGCUAUUGUCGAGAAAGGGUUUUACUUUCACCCUUCGCCAUUGAGUACGCCGAGAGGCACCGAGCUACCAAAGCUCUUGACCUUGUUUCCACUGAGUUCGCCGAGUCACAAAAUUCGGGAUUCGUAAUUAAAGAUAUUCUUGGGGUUUUAGGCGUUUGACAA